AUGGUGAUAAUUGGCCUGAAGGUGAGUUUUUUCUUCCAAGACGUUAAUGUGAAUUCCAAUCUCUACUUUUUCAUGAAGAAAAAUCUCAUACCAAAAUCCUUGAGAUUUAUGAAAGUUGGUGAAGAAAAGAAAGUCCUCAUUUUUCCCUUUUCUCCUAAAGUACGAAAAACAGUAGGUUCAGUAGCCGCAUAAAAGUAUAACUGCAUUAAAGAAACGCUGGAUGUAUAGUCAAUGUUUCCCGACUUGAAAGGCGAGGGAGGUGGGGCAGGGUGCCGGACGCGUAGCGUGUGCGUUCGCGGUUCUUGGCACAUGUUCAAUUCAACCGCCAUCGACCCUUCGAGAAGCCCGUUUUUCGCUUUUUUCAUUCCUUUGUCAAUUACUUAUUGAUUAUUUUCAUGUGUGCAUCAAAAAAUAGUAGAAAACGUUGAAAAAGAGCGGUUGCCGAGCUUUUCAAAUAGUCGGCGGCAAUUGAAUUGAACUCGUGCCAAGAACCGCGAACGCACACGCGACGCCUCUCGCCCCUUGCCUCGCCUCCCUCGCCUUUCAAGUCGGGAAACAUUGACUAUAUAUUAUAAUUUUUCAUUUUUUUCAGAAAGCAGUUGAACACGCGAGGAAAGAACUUAUGACAAAGUUAUUAAACGUCCCGCCCACUCGCACGACAACCUCAAGCGCUAGCUUCUCAACUGGUGAAACGAGCUCCAGCACAGUUCGUACCUGCAUGUCCGCCGCCUUGCGUCAGGACUAUGAAAGACUAAGAUAAGAGUUAAACCUUAAGUUUUUUUAUAAAAUUAAACUUCAGUGGCCACUUAUUUUUUUGAAGUUAUGUAUUUAUUUUUUUACAAGUCUUCGGAGUAUGGUAUUCGAAUCAACUGCAAAUCGGGAGACCCCAAAAUCACGGACGGGCCCUCAUGAAGACCUAUUCACACGCGACUUUGAAAAUUUUGCUCGUUCAAUGAAGUGAGAUUUUUUUUCAACAAAAAUAUGAAACUUUUUUUGACCGUUUUAUUUCUAAGACUUUUCUUCACAUACCACGGCUAAAUGCCAAAUUCCUUUUGAUUUUUUUGAAACUUUCCUUCUCCUUCCUUGUAUAAACUGAAUUCGUCUUUAAUUCCUCUCAAAUGCGCUCUACCGAGAAUGUUUACAAUUAUCGGGUAGCAUUGAUCGAGGUCGAGCCACUCACUCUAAAUGAGGGCACCUGAAGAUCGCAACACUCUUUCUCUGGCACACACUGUUUUGUCUAUGAAAGCGACGAAAUAGUGUAGGUCAGAGAAAUUGUGUGGAUCUUUAGGCGCCCCAUGCCACGAAAAUAGUAAAUGACGGCAUUUCUUAUCAAGAGACAUUGUACGCUGGAGCGCACUUGUGAGAAACUUUUUAAGAAAUAGCGCUGUCAUGAGCUAUUCAAAAGAAGAAAAGGUAGACAUAAAUUUUUCGACGGUUGUACUUUUCUCAUUCAUCAAAAACUUAUUAAGAUGAUUUCAGAAGAUGAUCUUUCAUACUUUUUUUUUCAUGAGGUCAAAGGUAGAGAGAUUCUGUUUAAAAGUUUUGAUCGUUAGUUAUCUACUGAAAUAGGACCCAAUGGAUUUUACAGCCGGGCAAAUAAGCCAACCUGUGAAACUGUUGUGACACCAGACGCUGAAACAUGCGAGGCUGGAUCAGGAGAACAUCCACCACAGAGCCCACAACAAGGACGUCCUGUCUCCUGGUCAUUGCAUUUGUUGGAUUCGUUUUUUUCCGUAGACUGCAAAACGAACACCUCUUUGACUUGAAAUUUUAUCACAAGCAGUACAGUUCAAUAAUUUCUCUCCUUUUCAAAAAAUUCAUGGGCCAUCACAUGAGUAUUUUGGAAUUAAUUUUCUCAAACAAAAUUUAAAAUUGCUUCAAGAUAUUAUAUGGGACCAUCAAUUUCAUCAAAUUGGAGUCAGAUUUUGAUAGAAUGUGAAGAUUAAUUUACAAGUGCUGGAAUUUUUUUUUGAAUUCUCCUGAUAAAGUGUAUAGAAAAUGUGUGGAGAGUGCUGAUGAUAAACUGGAAAAGAAAAAAAAAACAUUUUUUUUAAUCAGGUUUUUUUUAGUGCCAGGCCGGAGACGAACGACAAAAGCACGCAAAUUUGCGGCCAGUUUUUCAACUGUGACGGCCUGCAUUACGCGUAAGAAAAUCAAGAAGCUCCAACUUUAAAAAACUAUUUAAUUUUAGUGUCGCACUGGCCGAAGCACAGAUAAAACUGAGAGAUGCACAACAAUGGGUCGAACACUUAGAGAGAAGGUUUUCAACUAAAAAAACAUUCAUUUAGGAAGUUUUUCGAGUUCAUUCAAAACCAAUCCGGUUCAUUUAUCGCAAGAGCGAGUUCAACCAAACUCGUAGGAACCGGAAAAGAUCUAAAACUUUGGCCAUCAAAGUUUGAAUGAGAACCAAAGAAGACUUUAAUGGAACCGGAUCUAGCCUUUCUCUCAAAAAAUGGGGAGAAAUAUAGUCAAGUUCGAAAAUAUUCGUUAAGAAAAUGGAAAUGACUUUAAUAUUAUUACAGCGCCCCAGCUCCUCAUUCCCAAACCUUCCGCCCAGUCUCACAGAGUGAAAGUGAAUCUUUUGUAUCUCGAUUCACAACUUCAUGCGUUCCCAAGGUGCGAGUAAGCUUCAAUUCAGGAACUUCUCUUUUUCCUGUUUUUUUGCGUAGCUUCGACAAUCCAACGAUACAUUUUGUAAAGAAAAACAUUCAAUUCAAAGAAAAAACGACUUUAUGGGAAAGAUUAGUACGAAUUUGUUUGAUUUCGAAAACAAUGAGUCGAUAAAACUAAAAUGAUCAAAAUAUUCUAAUUCAGUGCGUCUACGUGUACCCUUGUUGAUUUGCGUCUAAAUGAAUCGACGGCUUCUGACCCUGCGCAGGGCCCUUUCUGCUCACAACGGUCAACCCACCAGGCGUCCCCAUGCUGCAAGUAAGCUUUUUGUUUACUUGUUUCAACCGACAAAAGAUUGAAAAAAGAAGAAAACCUUUUAAUAAAGAAAAAUCCUGAUAGAAAAGGUUUUUGAAAAUAUUUCUUUUCAGUCUUUGCCAAGAAUCAACGCUAGCCGAAACAAUUAAGCGUACAGUAUAUCUUUUGAAAAAACACAAAGCACUUUUGAAAAAUGCAACAAAGACAGCUCGGACAUUGGUAACGCGAAACGGACAAACUCUGGACGUUUUUGCGCGACUCUAGGAUCACUUGAGAGUGCUGACGCUACUAAAGUGAUCACUAGAAAAUCCAGAGCACGUCCGUUUCAAGUUAUCAAUGUCCGAGAGAGUUUGGUAUAUUCAAUGUCAUUGGUUCGGAGAGCACUACUAGGAUUUUAUCUCAGCACGAUUGGAUGCCAAAGCUGCGAGCCGCCAAACGUCCAGAUUCCGUGCAAUUCGCCCCGUCGCCCUUUUGAUCAACCUCGUCUCCCUCAAAAUUAUAACCUCAAUGGCCUACAAGUUCAAGGGUGCGCUUCAAAUCUUGAUUUUUCGUUCUCUUGCUAAUUCAUGAAACUUCAAAAUACUAUCGAGAGAUUUCCGAAAUGAAAAGACAAUCCAGAUUCUAAAAUAGAAGACUUAGAGUUUUUUUUUUAGAAAUUUUCACAGAUGAUAGCUUUUUUUUUGAAAAAAAAAUUACACACGUUUUCGACGAUUUCAAAGAGCUUGAAGUCAAUUCGAAUUUUUUUUAAGCGAUGUUUUCCGAGAAUGUGUCCAAGGCCCCCGCAUCCAAGGUCAAGUGGGUCACUUCGUCCCGGCUGCAGCUCACGCUUCUCAGCAACGAAUCAAUCAAGCCCGUCGCGUGA